GCACUUUAACCAUUUUGAAUUUCAAAGACAUCAUCACUGAUAACAAAUAAAAAUGCUGACGCGUGUAUUCGCGCCAGUUCAGUUGAGUUUAUCAGUAAAGACAACAGGUCUGCUGAACAGUUCACGGAUGAACGCGGUUCACAGCGGAUGAUGUCAUGGUCUCCGUCUCAAAUCCCGGUCGGCAGUCUACCUUGUGUACGGCCAAAAAAGCUGCGCGCGCCUCAAAACGCUGUCGAAUGGGCGGCGGACUAGGCAUUGAGACACAGCCACGGUGUUUGGGAGUAAAGUGCUCACUCAGAUCAGAUUUGGAGAGGGGCGGAGGAUGGCUCGCCUCAUGAGGGCAUAACGGCAGUGUACGUGUGGGCUUUGUAUUUAUUUUUGCUUCAGAGUCGCUUUGUUUUAUAUCCAGAUAAAGCAAACACUUCUUGAUUUGAAAUGUAGCUUUUAGCGGACCUUUUCCCUUGUAAAAUAAAUGGACGCCGCGGUGAAAUCGGAGACUGGUGCUCCGCUCUCUCAUUCACGAGUGAGAUGAAUCUCUGAAACCGCUGGACGGUCCGUGUCUUCGGCGAUGCCUCCGCAGGGAGGUGGAGAAUACAAGCCGGCUCCAGGUACAGUGGUGCCGCCGGUUCCCCCGAGGAGAUUCCGGAGCAGAGAUUUGUCAUCCGCGGUGAAGAGCCGCUUCGGGGCGGCAGCGGAGCGCCGGGUGAAGUGCGUGCUGGUUGGUGAUGGUGCAGUGGGUAAAACCAGUCUCAUUGUGAGCUAUACCACCAAUGGAUAUCCCACCGAGUAUGUUCCAACAGCGUUUGACAACUUUGCAGCGGUUGUAGCUGUGGAUGGCAAGCCUGUGAAACUUCAGCUUUGUGACACAGCUGGUCAGGAUGAGUUUGACAAGCUCCGGCCGCUGUGCUACACCAAUGCUGACGUCUUCUUGCUCUGCUUCAGUGUGGUAAGUCCCUCCUCUUUCCAGAAUGUGAGGGAGAAGUGGGUUCCUGAGAUCCGCCGGCACUGCCCGAGGGCACCGAUACUGUUGGUGGGCACUCAGGCUGACCUGCGGCAAGAUGUCAAAGUGCUCAUCCAACUGGCCCAGUACAAGGAGCGACCGGUGGACCCCCAGGAGGCCUGCGUGUGUGCUGAGGAAGUACAGGCCGUCUCGUACAUGGAGUGCUCAGCGCUCACCCAGAAGAACCUGAAGGAGGUGUUUGACACGGCUAUAGUGGCCAGCAUCCAGUACUCAGACAGCCAGCAACAGAAAAGGCUGAAGAAGCGGACGCCCGAUAAAAUGAGGAAGCUCUCUGAGUCCUGGUGGAAGAAAUACUGCUGUUUGGCGUAGACGUGAGAAUAUGAUUGCAUACUGUUGAUAUGAAUGCGGUUAGACUGGAACUGGCUUUUUUGGCUAGAAAUGGACACAGAUCCAUCUGCUUUUUGAGACUGUGUUAGCGGAUUAACUGGAGCACACGUGGCCGUGAAAUUAAUCUGACAUUUUAGAAGAGAUCGGCCAGCUUUUGUGAUGAAAUGGAAAGAUUCAUAGAGACUCAAAGUUGUCCGUUACAUUUUAGGAUCUGCUCUUCAUUUGGAAAGUCCCAAGUUAACCUCAAAUACUCACGUGAACAAUUCAGGGAGAGAGUCAUCUGUCUUUCUUUACCUUAUCUCUUGUUGAAGAGGGUUUCAAGUGGACUUAAGGGUUGUUUUUCAAUCAAAGAUCUAGUAUAGACUGCCAGAACUUUCCUUCUUCAUUUAGAGACUGUGAAAAGCAGCCUGGUUGGUCUCAGCAUGUUUCUGGUGUUUUAACACUUCUUUUGCUUAUGGAUCGGGAUUACUUGCCUUUGUUAUUCCCUUGUCUUGGAGGAGAAGUGAUCCAGAGUGGAUUCGGUCUGAUAUACUCAAGUGCUCCUUCAUGUAUCUGUCAAAGCAUUAAGUGUGAUGUAGAGUACAAGCAGAUGUUUGGACACCCUAUCAACUUGACAUCACUGACAUUUACCUUGUUGUCCUGUGAGGGUGAGUGAUUGUCCAUUUUAGAGACAGCAGGACACUGGCACAUCUCUCCAGGCUGACUUGUUUACAUUUGGAGUUAAGUCCAGACCCAAACAUGCUGUGAGGUCAGGGUCUUUGAGUGUAAGUAAGUACACUUAGUAGGCCAGUUAGCUUGUAUAUCUGGUCAUUGAACCCGGAGCUUCAUCAAAAACAGUGUGUUUGGAGUGAAGCAUUUCAGUGUCAGAUGUUAUUGGGUAUUUAUAGGAAUAUACACUAAUGUUCAUAUGUUUGGGGUUGGUAAGAUUUUUUUGUUUGUUUGUUAAAGAAGUCUCUCUUGCUCACCAAAAUUGCAUUUAAUAAAUACAGUAAUAUUGUAAAAUAACAUUACAAUUUAAAAUGAACUGUUUUCUAAUUGAAUAUAUUGUAAAAUAUAAUUUAUUAAUGUAAUGACAAUGCUGAAUUUUCAGCGGCCAUUACUUCAGUCUUCAUUGUCACAUCAUCCUUCAGAAAUCAUUCUAAUAUUAUGAUUUGGUGCUCAAAAAACAUUUCCUAUUAUUAUCAAUGUUGAAAACAGUUGUGCUGCUUAAUAUAUCUGUAGAAAAUGUGAAAAUAUAGCAUUUGAAUUAGAAAUCUUUUUUUACGUACAAUAAAUGUCUUUACUGACCCUUUACUGAAUCUUUGCUGAAUUAAAAUGAUUAAUUGUUUAAAAAAAUCGUACUGACCCCAAACAUGUGAACAUUAGAAUGUGUUGCACAUUUUCAAAGAAGGAAAAACUUUUUCGGUCCGCAGUUUUCAACCGGAAAUUAUAAUGGUUGACAUUGCUUUUCAAUUUGUGUUAGAACAAGACAAUACAUAUAUUUUUUGUGCAUGAAACUUCUACAUUAAAUUUUAGAUUCUUCAUGCGUUUGCAAUUUAUGGCACUAUUUAUAGGUGAAAUUUGUACAUUCCUGCACCACUAGUGGCAUCAAAUGAAAUUGCAAUCUUUUCAAUCUCUUUAUUAUGAAUCAGGGCUGUGAGUUUGGUGGGGGGACUAUCUGUAUGCUCAAAUAAUAGCAAAUGGGGAGAAGUUUUUGAUUCUUUCAACAAUUAUGUUAUUUCAAAUUAUUUACUUAUUAAUUCAAUUCAGUUAUUCCAAAAACUGGUGAUGUUAGUGGUGCAGACAUGACAUGUUAAACAUAAACAUUAAAAAAAAAUCUUUAAAAAAGCAUUUUUUCCAUAUUUGCUUGAAUGCAUUUGGCAGACCGUUUUAUCCAAAGCAACUUACAUUGCAUUUACGGCAUGCAUUCACUGGGAGUCAAACCCAUGACCUUGACGUUGCUAGUCACUGCUUUCCUGUUUAAACUACUAUUCUACAUUUUUCAGCCAUGUCAUGCUUUGAUAAGCAUUGCAGUCCUAUCUUUAAAUUAAUCCUAUAUAAAAUACGUGGAGUGUUGCUCCAGGGCAAACUGCACUUUUUAUCAGGCUUCCACGUCGGAUGAACUGGAAAAGUCACCUGCUGCUAUGCAAAAUGUGAAUGAGCAUAAGCUGAAUGACACAGUAAGGAAAAGUUAAUGUUUUACUGCAUAAGCUGGGGUUGGUGUGCAAGUAUCACUAACGUCACUAGUGGCAAACGUUUUUCUUUCAUGAGCACAGAAUGAACCAAGAAUGAAAUCAAGAUGAGUUUUAUGUUUGCCACUUGUAAUGUUAGACUGUGCCAGAAUGCGGCGAGGCAUUGAGAAAGAAGUUAGUGGCUCUGAGCAAGUGAUUACAGUGGUGAAAACUGCAAGUGUUGAAGGUGGCAUAGUGAGAGAUGAAACUCAAACCAAACAAUUAUAUUGAUUUAAAGAGAUAGUUCACCCAUAAAUUGAAAAUCUGUAAUGAUUUACUCGCCUUCGCUUUGUUUCAAACCCGUGAGGCUUGCUUUCUUCUGUGGAGCAGAAAAGAAGAUAUUUUGAAGAAUGUCUCAGUUGUUUUGGACUUUCAUUCCAUGAAGAAAAACGGUUGAAACAUUCUUCGAAAUGUCUUCUUUUGUGUUCCACAGAUAAAAGGAAGCCACACCUUUGGAAAGACAUCAAGGUGAGUAAAUGAUGACAGAAUCUUCACGUUUUUUUUUUUUUUCCCAGUGAAGCACUCUCAAGAAAAGCUGUUUAAAAGGGGCACAUUGUAACAGUACAUUGUAUUUAGUCUUUUAUCAAGAAGUAUUUUUGUGAUGUUUCAUAUAUUGUGAAUCUCAGAAUUGCAUUUGUUGCAAAAACAGGCCUUAAGUUCAGACUGACCAAAGCAUAUGAGCGCUACAGUGCUGUGUACUUUUACAGGGCUGGAUCAAUUACUGAGAGGUUUUUGACAAGUCGCCAAACUAUCACUUCAAACACGCAGUGUGUUUAUUCACUGCUUUGAUUGCACGUGAGUUGCAUUGCAGUGUUGUAUAUUUUCUGUGAGUGAGCUCACUGCUGCCGCGUCCCACCAGACGGAACUGUUCAGGAUCUGGUGGUCGUUCAGACAAAGCUGACAUGCAAUAACAGAGACCUCCCUGUAGAUUGUUAUCUUUCUCAGAAUAAAUAUACUUUUUAUCUA